AUGUGGAUUCUCAAAGUGCACAGGUGGCUAGCAUCCAGUAGCCUUGUUCCACUGUCAUGCAUCCACACAAGUGCAUCUCUGCAGAAACUUGGGAAGUGGGAGAAAAAGAACAGGAUUGUUUACCCUCCACAGCUGCCUGGAGAACCUCGCAGACCAGCUGAAAUCUAUCACUGUCGGAGGGAAAUAAAAUAUAGCAAAGAUAAGAUGUGGUAUCUGGCAAAACUGAUAAAAGGAAUGUCCAUUGAUCAGGCUCUUGCUCAGUUGGAAUUUAGUGAUAAAAAGGGAGCAAAGGUGAUCAAAGAGGUUCUGUUAGAAGCACAGGAAAUGGCAGUAAGAAAUCACAACGUGGAAUUCAAAUCCAAUUUACAUAUAGCUCAGUCACUGACGGGCAGAGGCCGCUAUGUGAAGCGGAUUCGUUACCAUGGCAAAGGCAUGUUUGGCAUCAUGAAAAUCUCCAGGUGCCAUUACUUUGUGAAGUUGGUGGAAGGUCCUCCUCCUCCUCCAGAGCCACCAAGGACUGGUUUUGACCAAGCAAAAGAAUACGUGCAGCAGCUGCGAAGUAGAACCCUUGUUCAUACACUGUGACAAACUUUUGUGGCUAUAUAGGUAUUUCUUGUUUGACAAUGUAAUUAUGUAGAAGAAUAAUUAAAAUAGUGUUUUGGUUACA